AUGAAUCCCCAACAAAGCAGUCAAUGGGAUGGCUUUCGUCACUACUCCCAGCCACGAAAUACUUCCGACCCCUCUACAUCACAGGACCGAGUGUUCUAUGGCGGCACUACGAAAGAUGAGAUUAUGGAUACAUCGAAUCACCGUAUCGGGCUCCAAGACUGGGCAUCUGAAGGAAUUGCUGGCCGUGGUAUUUUAAUCGACUACGCUCACUGGUGCGCCCAACAAUCUCCACCCAUCAAGUACACCAACUUUUCUCUUCACAAUAUCCCGUUCAAAACGCUCGUCGCGAUUCUCGCCGAUCAAAAUAUAACCCCUCAACGUGGUGAUAUUCUCUUUAUCCGCAUGGGUCUAAUUCCGGAAUGGGAUAGCUUCACCGAUUCUCAAAAACAGGAAUAUGCAUUCCAAAGUACCCCCGAACAUGCUGGCGUCGAACCUAGCUUCGAGUUAUUGGAGUGGUUAUGGGAUAGUGGGAUAUCAGCUGUGGCAGGCGAUGCUAUAAGCUGGGAGGUUUAUCCUACGCAGGGAGAGCUUAGCUGUCAUGAGUAUUUGCUCGGAGGAUGGGGAAUGCCAAUUGGUGAAAUAUUUGAUCUUGAGGCCUUGUCUCGUACCUGUCGCGAACUAAAUAGAUAUUCCUUCUUCCUAACAUCGAUGCCAUUGAAUAUGCCAGGAGGGGUUUCUUCACCCCCAAAUGCAAUGGCCAUCUUUUAGAUGAUGAUUGAGAAAUUGGAAAGGGCAGAAAAGACAUAUGCGAUAGGGACAUGAGGCCAGAGAGGUUGAAAGAGAUCCAAGGACUGUAAAUAUGACAUAUUGAGUUGGAUACUGGUUGAUAGUUGC